CAACCCACAGCCAAAGGCCAAGAAAGAAAAAAAAGGUGCUUGUCGAACUCGGAAGCACUGUGCUGACUCGGAGCGAGUAAAGUAUUACGUGAUUCAGGAGAGAGAGAGAGAGAGAGACGAUGUCUGGUAUUGCUCGUGGACGUCUUACGGAGGAGCGCAAGUCGUGGCGGAAGAACCACCCUCAUGGUUUUGUUGCUAAGCCGGAGACGCUGCCCGAUGGUUCCGUGAAUUUGAUGGUGUGGCAUUGCACUAUUCCCGGAAAGGCUGGGACUGAUUGGGAGGGUGGCUACUUCCCACUUACACUGCACUUUAGUGAAGAUUACCCUAGCAAGCCUCCAAAGUGUAAAUUCCCACAAGGUUUCUUCCACCCUAAUGUCUAUCCUUCCGGGACUGUUUGUUUGUCUAUACUUAACGAAGAUAGUGGUUGGAGACCAGCCAUAACAGUGAAGCAAAUUCUUGUGGGCAUCCAAGACUUGCUUGACCAGCCCAAUCCUGCUGAUCCUGCUCAGACAGAAGGCUAUCAUCUAUUCAUCCAGGAUGCGGCAGAGUACAAGAGAAGGGUCCGGCAGCAGGCAAAGCAAUACCCACCUAUUCUCUAGUGCUAUAUCAGCUCGCUUUAGAAACUAUUUUUAGCACGAUAGAUGUUGUUUUCUCUCUUGUUCCGUGUUAAAACUGUUUUAUCAUGUGAUUGUUGGCUGCCAUAAUAUGCAGACAUCAAACUUUAAACUAUUUAUGUUAACUUUCGGAUCUGGAUGAAGUGUUAAUAUAUA